AUGCCGGCCACUCAUCACAUUCAACUUGAAACGAUGGAAAAAACAAAAAUGAAAGUAACAAGAAAGAUUUCCCGGAAACGGAACAUUGACAAAGCAAAAACAGAACAUAAGGAAGAAGAACUACGAACAAAUAUUGCCAGAAAAAAGAAUCUGCAUUCAAUUGGAAGACCAGAGUUAAAGAAAAAAGUCAAACCAGUUGUGGAUCCACCAUUUUCAAAACAGGUGGAAAUGCCAUCUCUCUUUUGUUUUUCAAUGAAUUUACAAGAAAUUGCUCCCAAUAUAAACAAAAGUGAAAAACGUCUGAAUCAUGAGCAAAAUCUAAAAAUGAAGGAGAGAAAAAGAUUGAUAUUCACAAAAAAACUACACAAAAUGUAUCAACUUGCAAUGGCACACCAAGCCACUUUUUCUAGGAUACUUGCAAAACAUUCAGAUGAUUUUGGUCCUGAUAUGGAUCCUCUUGGAUCCGUUAAGGUUUAUCCAGACAAUGAAGUAGAAGCAUCAAAAGCCAGAGGAAGUCAAUCAGAUGAAAGGAUGAAAUUGAACCUGGAUUCAAGUGAAUUAAUGAAGGCAUUGGAUACUUCAAGAGAUGAAAUGAUCAACAAUAAACAACUUGUUUCUGCUGAGCCUUUGUCUCCAGUUACAAAAGAAAGAAACUGUUCUUCUACUGAACCAUGGGAAACAUCCGAUGAAGAGAAUGAAAUGCUCGUUAAUGAUCUAGUUAUGCUGUCAGUUGAAGACUCGACAAAAUGA